UUUACAGGCAUCCAUCUGACCAAUGACUGCACUUCUGAUCUUUGGGUUCUGCCUCCUUCUGCAAACCGAUAAACAGGUUGUGAGUCAGCGAGUCCAGCUGGGAAUCUACCAGGACUCUUUCGAUGACCAAUAUGUUGGAUGUGCGGAUAAAAUGGAGUCCCUGGCACCAGAUAUACUCAAAGUGGAUAGACAAGCUAACGAGGAGCUGGACGCGGCUUGGCUGGACGCCUCUGAAACAUGGCCGACCAGGAAGACGUUGAUCAAAUCUCUUCCCGCUGGGUUCAAAGACGAGUACGGGAUUGCCUUGUUAGUCUACACCAACAUGACCAUCCCGGUGUACAAACAGUUAAAUCGGGCUGUACGGGAAUAUGGUACCAAUCCGCCUUCCUUUGCAUUCCACGCCUUACAUUUUUACCUCACCAGAGCCCUGGCAUUGCUCCGCGGUGGGUGUGGUGGGCAGCCUUGGCACACGUACCGGGGGGCGAGCAGGAUCAUGUUUGAGCCCCCUCCCAACCCUGGUGACCCCGUCCGGCUCAGCCAAUUUGCCUCUUCAUCUGCUGACAUCAAACAGGCUCAGCAAUUCGGCAACGCGUCCUUCUUCAACAUCACCACCUGCUUUGGGGCAGACAUACAGAACCUCUCCUACUUCCCGUCCCAGAAGGAAGUCCUGAUCCCGGUGGAUGAGGUCUUCCAUGUAGCCCGUUAUGUCGAGUGGGGCCACAAGUUUGACUUGCAGUCUUCCGGCAGGAGAUGCAGCUUCUACAAUUGCGCCUAUCUGGGAGGCAGGAAACGUCAGAACUGUACGUACAGUUCAGCUCCAGAAACACAGAAGAACCUCAACAAGCUGAGGGCGCCCCCGCUGGCCGUGUCUGGUAUUGUCCUGACAUUGUUCAUGAACGCUCUGAUUGGUUGAAGUCGCAA